AAUACCAUCCGUCACACAAGGAAAAUCUUUCGGGAAUUCCCACGCUUUUUCGUUGAUAGCGAGUCGGCGAUUCGGUUUCGUGUCAGUCAGCGAUGCGAAGGGAAAUCGUCGUCGCGUUGAUAUUAUCGACUGUAAACACUACUUGGCGCGUAGUUUUACCCCAACUGCAGUAGACAUGACUGGUAGCACAAAUCGCAUUGAUUUUGUGAACUUUAUUUGUACGUGCAGUAUGGACGCGUGCUUUGCUGCUUUCGACAAGGAUUGCGAUGGGAAGUUGAACCUGGAGGAGUUCUGGGCGCUGUGUCGGGCGCUUUUUCGGAACAGUAAAGGCGAAACGUACGAAAUUGACAGCGACACUUUAGAGAAAAUUUUCAACGUGUUCGAUAAAAAUCAAGACAGGAGCAUCGACCGUGACGAGUUUAUCACUUGUUGGAACCUUUGGAUCAAAACAAUCGUCAAACCCGUCUCUGCAGCCCUCAUCAUCGACGUCCAAAACGAUUUCAUCACAGGCAGUCUCAACAUUACCAACUGUCCGGCUAAACACCACGGAGAAGAUGUCAUACAACCAAUCAACAACCUCCUCGAAACGGUUGAAUUCGAAACUGUUGUGUAUUCAUACGACUGGCACCCCAAUGAUCACGUUUCGUUUAUUGACAACAUCUCCUUGAGAAAAUUGCACCAAAGUAGCCCAAUUUCGGCCGAAAAUGCCAAAGUCUACGAUACAGUGGUCUUCGACCGGGAACCCCCCAUGGUGCAGAAACUGUGGCCACGGCAUUGUGUACAAAAUACAUGGGGGUCGGACCUGCACAAAGACCUCAAGGUGGUAGAAAACUCGACCAAAAUUUACAAGGGCACAAACCCGGACGUGGACUCGUAUUCCCUCUUCUGGGACAACCAGAAGCUCACCGACACUAAAUUAGACUCAAUGUUGAAGUCUAGAAACAUCACAGAUUUGUAUUUGUGUGGUUUGGCUUACGACGUCUGUGUUGCUUCCACAGCAAAAGACGCUAUUGCUAGUGGCUACAGGACCAUCCUCCUCGAUGACUGUUGUCGAGGAGUCGAUCUUUUAGACAUUGAAAAAACAAAGAAUUUCAUACGAGAAAAUCACGGUCUCGUUGUGGAUUCAAGUCAAGUUAAAGAUAUGGUUGAAGGGAAUGACAGAAGACCCGAGUUAGGAUUAAAAUUAGCUUUAGAAUUACAGCACAAGAGGCAGUAGAGAUUGCGAAGUGUGACUUCAAAUUUCAACGUACUUAAUUUUCUAUUUAUUUGUUAAAUUAUUUCUCUACAUGUAGACAACCAACAAUGCAUUAAUAGAUUGUGGCAAAAAAUACUUCAAGGUUGUGUAACGUUACGGGUGAUUGCAUUUAAUUAUAAUAAAUAAGUUAAUCAUCUUGUCUUAGUACCAAUAAAAACAAUUAAAGGAAUGAUAAAACGCACCAAUUAAAUGAGCACAAUGACUUAGCAAAAUAUUGCUUUCAUAAACUGUAUUAAUUCAUAGACAAUAAUUAAAUAAUGCAUUGAUUAUGUCAUCAACUCUGUUAAAAAGCUUCUAUAGAAGAAAUAAAAGCAUCAUGAGAAUUUUA